UCCUACGACGAAACUUCCAAAGUCAACCAUUGAUGCAGUGUUCCAUAUUUGGCUCAAGCUAGAGGCAGAGACGCAGAGUGGAAAAAAAAAGGUGCUAGUUAUCAAUUACUCUGUUUGGAUCUCUAAUCAAGAAUCGUGUGAAGUUAGUGGUUGCUUGUGUUAGAAGGCACAAUGGUGGGUGUGCUGGUGAGCGCUCUUCUCCCUGCCGCUUUGCAAGUCUUGAUUGACAGGCUAGCUUCUCGUCAGCUCUUGGACUUGUUUUCUCGGAGAACUAUUGCAGCAUCGGCAGCUGCCGCCGGGGCAGAGAAGCUAAAGCUGCAGCUGCUCUCCGUGAAUGCAGUCCUUGGAGAUGCAGAAGAGAAACAGAUUGUCAAUCCAUAUGUCAAGAUAUGGGUUGACGAGCUCAGAGAAACUGUGUACCAUGGCCAAGACCUUUUGGACCAGAUUGCUACCGAAGUAUUGCGUUUAAAUCUGGCAUCCAAGUCAAACACUGCCAUGGAAUGGGUAAGAGAAUUCUUGGACUCCAUUACCAGUAAAUUGAAUUCUAGUCUUGAUGAGAUAAACAUUAGAAUUCAAGUUUUAAGGGAUCAGAAAGAUUGUCUAGGUCUCAGAGAACGUCAUGAAAAGCAAUCCCAGUUGGAACUAGGAAGUGCUGAUCUAAUGUGUGUUCCGACAACUCGUAUGGUAGAUCAGUCUAAGGUCUAUGGCAGGGAUCAUGAAAAAGACGAAAUCAUUCGUCUCAUGUUCGCUGCCAUGAGUGAGCAAGUUGAUCCAGUAUGUGUUGUUGCAAUUGUUGGCAUGGCAGGGAUUGGCAAGACCACUCUGUCUCAGCUUUUGUUUAACGACCCUCGGUUAGUGCCAAUGUUCGACACUUUAUCGUGGAUUCAAGUUUCGGCGGGAUCCGAUGUGCUGCACUUAACCAAGAAGGUUUGUGAGUCUAUGAGCGAUAACUUGGACACACUUCAGGUUGAACUUAAUAUCCAGUUGAGAAGACAAAGGUUGUUGCUGGUUUUAGAUGAUUUUUGGUCUGUGAGCUUUUCUGAUUGGGAGCUCUUCAAGAUGGCCUUUUCUCAUGCUAUUCCCGGUAGUGUUAUUCUAGUCACCACUCGCAAUGAAGACGUUGCAACUACUAUCCGUGCUGCCGUCACUUAUUUCCUUUCGCCGCUUCCAUAUGAGGAUUGUUUGGAUGUCUUUGCCCACUGCUCUUUUGGGAGUACAAACCUGAGUACAGCUGAUCCAACUUUGGUGGAGAUUGGUGAGAAAAUAGUGAGGAAGUGCAAAGGUCUUCCCCUUGCUGCAAAAGUUCUUGGGAGUCUCUUACACUUGGUAACGGAUGCUAGAGAAUGGAAUGUCAUACUGCAAAGCAAGAUGUGGGAUUUGGAUGCUAAGAAGAGUAACAUAUUGCCGGCCUUAAGAUUGAGCUAUCAACUCCUUCCGUCGCAUUUGAAGGCCUGCUUUGCUUACUGCUCUGUGUUCCCUAAGGGGUAUGAAAUUGAUAGGGUGAACCUAAUCCAUUUGUGGAUGGCUGAGGGCCUUCUGCAACCAUCAAAGACUAAAACAAUGCACGGUGUAGGCGAGCAAUACUUGCAGGAGUUAUUGUCAAGGUCAUUACUACAACGACCAACUGGUAAUGACUUGUGUGUCAUCAUGCACGAUUUGAUAAGCGACUUGGCACAAUACGUGGGAGGCGAGUUCUUCCACUUCUUUGAGGAGGGUGGUGAUCAGAAAAUUCCUGAUAAGGUUCGCCAUUUAUCAUUUUCAAAAGACAAGCUUGAUGUGCCUAAGAGGUAUCUUUCACAAGUGAGGACCUUUCUACCAUUCAAAGACUCAAACUCUAGUAGGCAAUUUGAUUCAUUAACUGACAAUGAUUUCAAUGGUGUGAUACCAAUGUUUGAACGCAUUCGCGUGCUCUCUUUGUCUAGUUAUCCGAUUUCUACAUUACCCUCUACAAUAGGAAACUUGAAGCAUUUGCGGUAUCUGAAUCUUUCUUAUACAAGGAUUCAAGAGUUACCAAGCUCUACAGGGUGUUUGUACAAUUUACAGGUACUCCUGUUAGCACAUUGUGAUCGGCUCACUAGUUUGCCCAAAGAUCUGGAGAAUUUGACUGAUUUGCACCAUCUUGAUGUUACUGGUGCUCCUUUAGUAGAGAUGCCACCAAAUUUUGGUAGAUUGAAGCUUCUUCGACAUCUUACUGCCUUUGUCGUGGGCAAAAGCACUGGAUCAAGGAUUAGUGAGUUAGGAGCUCUGUCUCAACUGCAUGGUUUACUUUCAAUUGUGAAUCUGCAGAAUGUCAUUGAUGCCACAGAAGCCUCAGGGGCCAACUUGAUGAUGAAGACAUUUAUUGAUGAUUUGGUAUUCGAAUGGACAAACGAUGUCCAUAAUUUAUCCAACGAAGCAAUUGUUCUUUAUAAUCUACAGCCGCAUAAAAACUUGAAGAGGCUCAAGAUUGAAAACUAUGGUGGCAGAACAUUUCCAGAAUGGUUAGGUAACCCUUUAUUCUCUAACUUGGUGUCUGUACAACUAAUUGGUUGCAUAAGCUGCUUGACAUUGCCACCACUUGGGCAAUUAAACUCUCUUAAGACCCUCUUAAUAGCAAAAAUGACAUGGCUAGAAACAGUGGGCCUUGAGUUCUAUGGUAAUACAGAUUCACCCUUUAGAGUCCUUGAAGUUUUGACUUUUAAGGACAUGCAUAGGUGGAAGGAGUGGUUGCAAAUUGACAUUGAAGAGUGUUUUCCUUCUCUUGAAGAGCUUCACAUUCAAAAUUGUCCUAAAUUAACAGGAAAUUUACCCCAAAGAUUGAGUUCUCUGAACAAACUAGUAAUUGCUAAAUGUAGCAUUAAUUCCCUUCCAAGGGUUCCAAUGUUAAGAGAACUAGAGCUAUUUGAUUGUGAUGAGUUGAUGUCCCUACCUAGGGAAAUGAUGCAAGGGAAUGAACAUAUAAGCAAAGUGUCCAUAUACAAUUGUUCAUCACUUAAAUAUGUUCCUGCACUUGGUCUUCCCAUAAGGUUAGAGUCACUUUACAUAGGCAAGUGUAGGAAUCUAAAGCUUUAUCCAGAAGAACACAUGAUUGAGCAUUUGCACCUUGAAGACAGUUGUGACAGUCUCAUAAUUCUUUCAUUGUCUUCCUUUAGCCGGCUUCGUCACCUUCACAUCCAAGGUUGUCCAAAUCUUGAAUCUCUAAGUAUAUCAAAUGAGUUUACAGAAGAAUUGUACCAUCUUGAAAAGAUUCAACUGAAGGAUUGCCGCAACCUAGUGUUCUUCCCUUAUGGAGGGUUGCGUACUCCUAAUCUUCAAGUGCUUUCUAUUAGCAACUGCAAAAAGUUAGCACCCCAGAAAGAGUGGGGUCUGCACGAAAUGCUAUCGCUUUCGUACUUUGGGAUUGAAGGGGAGCUAACUGGUUUAGAGUCCUUUCCAGACGAAGGACUACUUCCAGCUUGCUUGACUGAUCUUCAUAUCAUGGGACUUGAAGACCUCACAUCUUUGAAUCAUGAUGGUCUUCAACACCUUGUUGCUCUUAAAAAUUUGGUGAUUGAAGGUUGUAGCAUGCUUGAGUUUCUACCUUCACAGGGGCUUCCAGGUUCCUUGUCAAAUCUUAUCAUUGCAGAUUGUCCCUUGCUUGUUCCUCUCUGCCAAUUCGAGACGGGAGCUUACUGGCCCCUCAUUGCUCACAUUCCCAACAAAGACAUUGUGUGAAGAAACAAUAUGUGGAAGGACAAAACACUGGAACUUUUUGGUUUUCUGCAAUGUUCUAUGGCUGCUUGUUUAAUUGGAAUGCUUUGUUUAGCAUCUUUGAUCUGUGGCUGUGUGAUAUGAUAUGAUGAGGGAUUCAAAACCAUUGUUUUUUGUAUGGAUUCUUUUGUUUAUUGUUGAUACCUUUUGUAUUGAGAAUCUCUUGUUCACCAUGCUCUUUGUAACAUCCUUCUAUACUUGUAAAUAAAAUUUCAUAUUUAAUGAAAAAAAGAAAAAGCACAAGAUCAAUGAUCUUCAA